AUGAAAGCAGUGAAGUCCAGGAAGAGAAUUGGGGAGUUAGAGGUGGACCACAUGAAGGCCUUUUUCAAACAGAAUAAUGUGCCUCAGGAAAGUCGAUUUAAUUUAAAGAAGAAUGUGGAAGAAGAAUACAGAAAAUGGAAAUCAAUGACCAAUGAGAAUGAUAUUAUCACGCACUUCUCCAUGCAGGGAUCUCCACCGCUCUUCCUCUGUCUGCUAUGGAAAAUGUUAUUAGAGACUGACCACAUUAAUCAGAUUGGCUACAGAGUGUUGGAGAGAAUAGGAGCUAGAGCUUUGGUAGCUCAUGUUCGAACAUUUGCUGACUUCCUAGUCUAUGAGUUCUCAACUUCUGCUGGAGGACAACAGUUGAAUAAAUGCAUAGAGAUCCUCAAUGACAUGGUGUGGAAAUAUAAUAUAGUCACUUUGGACAGAUUGAUAUUAUGCCUGGCUUUGCGAAGUCAUGAAGGAAAUGAGGCCCAAGUCUGUUACUUCAUUAUUCAGCUCUUGCUGUUAAAGCCGAAUGAUUUUAGGAACCGAGUGAGUGAUUUUGUGAAGGAAAAUUCCCCAGAGCAUUGGCUACAAAACGACUGGCAUACAAAACACAUGAACUAUCACAAGAAAUAUCCUGAAAAGCUGUAUUUUGAAGGCCUGGCUGAACAGGUUAAUCCCCCUGUGCAGAUUCAGCCUCAAUAUCUCCCUAUUUAUUUCGGAAAUGUCUGCCUUCGGUUUUUGCCAGUGUUCGAUAUUGUAAUCCACAGAUUUUUAGAAUUACUCCCAGUUUCAAAAUCUUUGGAAACACUUCUUGAUCACCUAGGAGGCCUGUAUAAGUUUCAUGACCGGCCUGUGACCUACCUAUACAAUACACUUCAUUACUAUGAGAGACAUCUGCGAGAUCGCACAAAUCUCAAACGCAAGCUUGUUCAUGCAGUCAUUGGCUCUUUAAAAGAUAACCGACCACAAGGCUGGUGUUUAAGUGAAACUUAUCUGAAAUCUGCCAUGAAUGCACGAGAAGACAAUCCGUGGGUUCCUGAUGACACGUACUACUGCAAGUUAAUUGGUCGAUUAGUGGAGACUAUGGCAGGUAAAUCACCUGGUCCAUUUCCAAACUGCGACUGGAGAUUCAAUGAAUUUCCCAACCCAGCAGCACAUGCCCUUCACGUAACCUGUGUGGAACUUAUGGCAUUAUCUGUUCCAGGGAAAGAAGUUGGAAAUGCACUUCUUAAUGUUGUGCUGAAGAGUCAGCCUUUGGUACCAAGAGAAAACAUUACUGCCUGGAUGAAUGCAAUUGGACUUGUAAUAACUGCAUUGCCUGAACCCUACUGGAUAGUGCUGAAUGAUCGCAUUGUGAAUGUCAUCAACAGUGCAACAUUGACCUCAGAUACGGAAUGGGUUGGAUAUCCAUUUCAGCUAUUUGAUUUCACAGCUUGCCACCAGUCUUAUUGUGAGAUGUACUGUAGCUAUGUUCUGGCCUUGGCACAUGCCGUGUGGCACCAUUCAAGUAUUGGCCAACUUUCCCUCAUCCCCAAAUCUGGACCCUCAGAAUUUAGAAUUUUACAACUGCAUUGCUGUAUCAGUCUGACACUAAGCUUUCAUGACAUAACGCCCAGGAGCACCUCUCUAAAAGUUGGCAUUUUGUAAAAAAUAUGAAGUCAAAGGAAAGUAAGAAAUGUAUACUCUGUAUACAGAGUAACUCUCAGCAUUGUUUGAUUUAUCAGUCUCUUGAGUUCAAAUUGUUGGGUAAGAAUAUUUCUAUGAAUUCAGCUGAAGAAGGCUGUGUCUUACAAUUCACUUCAUGGGUUGAAGUUAUUUUUGCAAAUCCAGCUAUAGAGAAUGACACCAGUUUUGUAAAUUCAUAAUUCUGUGUGCCACAUGUUGAUUAUAGUUGUUUAACAAGGAUACUAACUAAUGAUGCAGCAAAAAUAAUGGAUAAAAGAUGAAAUAUGAAACAGAAUGGUUCCCUAAAUCAUUUCUGAAUGCAUUACUGUCUUGUGACUUGACUCAGAGGGGUGCUGUAACACAGAAUGUGUCUCAUUAGUUCAUUAACAAUGUCUACCAAAUCAACGUACUGAUUCAGUAAUCUUGACGUACAAUGUUUGGAUAUCUGCAGAUAUAAGUUGUGGUACUUGGCACUGUACCAAUUAAUGUGAAUGCUUUUGGUGCAGUAAAGUCUUAAUUUUAUGUACUACUUUCAUGAGUGCAUUGCUUUGAUGGCCAAUCUGUAUUGUUUUAUUUCUUUUCUUAUAAUAUGCUAAAUAUGAUUUAAUUACAGCAUUGAAAAUAUCUGUGGGUCCCUAACUCAUUGUGGACGGUUGAGUUCUUUCAGUUUUGUUCUACUGUGCUGUUAUAUCUUUACAGUUGGUCCCCAACUUACAAACGUCUGACUUACAAAUAGUCGUACUUAAGAAUGAGAUCCCAUAUUAAGAUUGAUUUUUAGGAUCCAACAUGCAAACACUCAAUCGUACUUACAAACUUAUAUUUUGUGCUGCAUUGUGUUCCGACUUGCAUACAAAUCGACUCACGAAUGUACUCAGGAAUGGAACGCAUCCUAAACCAGGGACUACCUGUGUAUCAGCCUAUCAGACUGAUACCUCUUAAAGCAAUGUUACCAAAAAUUGAUUAGAAACAUAGUAAUAGUCAAAACAAAAUAAUUUAUUGAAGGUUUUCUGUGCAUGAUCCACAUGCAAUAAUUAUACAUGGAGACCUAGUGAUUCUGUGCAAGAUAAAAUCUUUCCUGCUUACAACAAAAAUGUGCUUAAGUUGUUGUGUAUUAAUAUUGUCUCUCAAAGUGCAUAUAGAUUUGCAAGACCGAUGGAUGCCCAUUUACUGUUAUUGAAAUAGUAACAAGCUUUCUCGUUAUUUUUUAAAGUGCUAAUUUUCAUGAAAUUGUUUCUAUUUUGAGAAGAAUCAAUCUUUUUAAGAUAUCAAAGACAUGUAUCCUACCCAACUUCUUGCCACAAAUAAGUUCACUAAAAGGAAAUAAUAUUCAAAAAUGAAUUGUGAGCUGUCUUCAGUGUUUAAUCCUUUUUUAUUCUCCUCUAACACUGAAAUGAAAAGUAAGCAGUGAUGGUAUGCAAAUCCUCCUUUAUGUCCCUUUCCAAUUAUUUCAAUGCUGAUGUUUUUCUGCAAGAGCUAUUUUUAAGCUACUUUUUUCAGCUCCUUCAUCAAGUCCCCUGAUGUGUGAAUUACUGACUUUAGAUCUUAAGACCUAAAAACACAGAGAGGUGUGAGGAAUUUUUGCAUCCUGUCAAGUUGUACUAAAAUAUUUUGUAAUUACAGUCACAAAGGAAGUCUUAAAGCACUUCCUUUUGGACCUAAUUUUAAACCAUUGAAGAAACUGUUUUAUCUUUCCCAUGAGUAAAGCAUUGUUAUUUCUGUGCCAUCUAGUCUAAUGUCUUGUAGGCUUUCAUAAAACCCUCUAGUGGGCCUGCAGUAUCUUGUUGUUUCCAGUUCAUAUGCCUGUAAUUCUACACUCUGGCUCGUCAAAUUUGAUAAGUAAGUUGAUAGGAAAAUAUUGAAUAAAUCUGACUAAUGGAUUCGUAGUGUUUCCUGAGCUCCACCUAAUCCUGUUCUGUGAUGAAAAUAUUAUUCGAUCUCCUGCAUUCAAGUGUGAAAUUGAGCAGAUGAGUUUGUAUGAUGAAAACAAGAACCGUUUGACAACUGAAGCCAGAUUAAAUUGCUGAUUCCGUGCUAUGUUAUUUCUUGUUGAUCCAACUUCUGGGAAACCGAAUUUCAGCAUAAACUUCUACACAUUCUUAGCUUUUUAUGAAAUUAUCAACCUGGAAGCAUUCUGGAUAUUCCAUCAUUGAGUACAUUCUAGUCUGGGAUAGCCAGUUUUUAAGUUCUCGGGGGAAUCAAGGGGUUGGGGCAUGGUGUAGAAGGAGGAGCUAAAGCCCAAGAACAGUCAUGACCAUGGCUCGCCAGGCCUUAUGAUGGUCUCCUAUUUCUAGUGAUCUUAAUACACCAACCUUGCUUACUGUAUGAGUUCCAAUCAAAUAUUCCACAGCUUUCCUUUAAAUGCCUUGUAAAUCUAAAGUCUCUUCAUGUGGCCAAAAGCUUAAUUUUUUUUUUUUCCCUAUGGAAUCUGAUCUUUGCCACCUAAUGGAUUAAUCAGGGCACAAAAAACAGCAGAUACCAAUUCACCAUAAAAAAAUCAGCUAAUCUGUUAAUCCCCACACUGAAUGUAUAGUUUGCUCAAGCUGUCACAAUACUACAAGCAAAACACCAUUAUACUCUUUCCCAUAAUUAUGUUCAGUGCUCCCAAGCUAAGGUUAUUUCUUUCAGUCCAGAACACACCAUAGUUUCUUUCCCUUUCAUGCAUUUCUCUCACACGAGUUGGUCAACAGUGAUCCACUGUGUCGAUAGGAGGAAGAAUCGAAUGAACGUGUUGGUACCUUCCUGCGUGAGGACAUUGCAGCCUUCAGGACUCAAUAUCGAGUUCAAUAAUUCUAGGGCUGAACUCCUCCUUCCCGUAA